GGCUCUUCCUCCCCCAGCCCUGCGGCCUCAGGGAAGUGGGGAGGGGUCUGCGGGGCACGGCUAACGGGGACCAGCACCACCUCUGUCCCAGGGCGUGACCGCAGGCCGGGGCCCGCCUCUCUGUGGGCCUCUGUUUCCCCACCUGUACACUCGGGAAGGGACGGUGUCCUCCUCCCAGGCCGUGAGGGAGCUGGAAGAAGAGAAGGAGCUGGGCGCUCUGCUCCGGGCGCGUGAGCUCUGGUUACGCCCAUUGCACAGAGGGCGGAAACUGAGGCUGGGAGCCACGGGCAAGGCCCGUCCCCUCCUCUCCUGACUGCUCUGAUGUGGCGAGACAGGAGGCCCGGCACCCUCACACCCCCACAGCCCCACGCCUCCGAGUGCUCCUCUCUGAACAAAGUGGCGGCAACGGCGCGUCUGCACGGGCCGGCCUCGGCCUCCCACGGCAUUCCUGGGCCAAGAUGCUGGAGAGCAGGCGGGGGGCUGGAUGCGAGUCCGUGCGUGCGGGCGCCCUGGGGUGUCUGCUGGGGAGGAGGGCACCGUGCGAGCAGCGGGCGGGAGGGGCCCGUCCACCCUCCCUCCCUCAAUGCCUCCCAGGCCCACCCAGCUGGCGGCCUCACCUGAGCGUGUGCCCGGGUCUGGGCUCAGGCUGGACCGGGAGCCGGGGCUACCAGGCGAGGGUGGGCACCCCAGGUGGGUCCCCCAGCUCCCGAGUACACAUUGCAUUAGGCCUGCACAUGCUGGCCCCUCCCUCGUGCCCAUUUUUCCCCAGGAGGAAACCGGGGCCCAGCGGCCACGGAGGUGGUGGUGGGGGGUGUCUCCUGCUGCCCGCGCUCACAACACCCUCCGCCAGGCCGGGCUCUGCACUCGGCACGCCUGGGUGCGCUGGGCGGCACGCGCUGGGCGGGCGGCAGAGGAAGGAACAUUCCUCCCCGUGUGCCGACGGGCCCAGGCGGGCGCCGGCAGCUCCUGGCCCCUCCCCGUCGGGCCCCCCCGCUUCCGUAGAGCGAUCCUGGCAGGGGUGGAGGAGCCAGGCUGGCAUAGCUGGAGCUUCGACGUGGCCUCGAGCGAGGCCUGUCUGCGAGCCCAAGCCGUGGCCGCUGACCCUUGUGCGGAGCCGUGAGCCCGUGCCGUUUCCCGGCCCAGCCCCGUAGACUUGUCAGAGUCUCCGGAAAACCCUGGGGGCUGCUUUGGCUCAGGGAAGGCGACCGCCUCGGUGGGCUGGCCACGCGGCCGGCGGUGCGAGGGGCCCGUCCCGAGGGUGCAGCCGGGGGGACCUCGGGGCUGUGGCCACACCCCUGCCCCGCCGGACCUUGUACCCAGCCUGGCCCAGUUAACCAGGCCAGCUGUAUGGUAAUGGGCCGUGCGGCCACUCCCGCUUAACGCGGCCCGGGACAAAGCUGGCGGACAAUGCCGGUGACUCACCCUCCCUGCGGGCCCUUUGUCCGCCAGUGCCUGGCAGCCGCCCAGCGGAGGCCUUUGUCCCCGACUGAUUGAGAUUUGGCUUCCCGAAGCCGACCCCCUCCGCCUGUGCCCUGCCCCUCCCGCAGGCCGGGCACUCUGUCAAUAAGGGUGUGUGCCCGCCAGGUGCUCAGGGCGGGCCGC